AUUGGGAGAGAUUGGGCUAUCCGAAUUCCAAACCCACAAUACCUGAGCAGGAGUGUUGAAAUCUCCCACGUCAGCACAUCAUCCGCCACCUCAUACUCCCUGCCCUAUAGAACACCACUAUCAGAUUACACAUUUAUUAAUUCAUAUAUAUAUAUAUAUAUAUAGCCCCACACACACGCACCACACGCUACACUCUCCAAUUCUCACCACCGCUGCGCGAGUACCCUCUCCCCCUCCAGACUAACGUUGCAUUCAUCUAUCAAUUAAACUAAGAUAAGAUUAGAUUAGAUUAGAUGGCUUCCCUGGCAGCAUCGAGGGCGGCUGCCGCCAUCGGCGUGUCGGAAAUGAUGGGAAACCCUCUCAACUUCAAUUACUUCAACGGUGGCUGCAGCAGCCCCCAUGCCCACCCAAAGACCACCCUGCAAGUCCAAGCACUUUUCUCUAGGAAGAAAGCGCCCCCACCUCCUCCCAAGACGAAACCUGGCGCCGCCGCCUCUCCUGCCAUUGAUGACGAGCUCGCCAAGUGGUAUGGUCCCGACAGAAGGAUUUUCUUGCCGGAAGGACUGUUGGAUCGGUCGGAGAUUCCAGAGUACCUAACCGGAGAAGUACCCGGAGAUUACGGUUACGAUCCAUUUGGGCUUAGCAAGAAACCAGAUGACUUCGCCAAGUAUCAGGCAUAUGAACUGAUUCAUGCUCGGUGGGCAAUGCUGGGAGCAGCUGGUUUCAUCAUCCCAGAGGCCUUCAACAAAUAUGGCGCCAACUGCGGUCCCGAAGCAGUCUGGUUCAAGACUGGAGCCUUACUGUUAGAUGGAAACACGCUGAAUUACUUCGGAAAGAACAUCCCAAUCAAUCUGGUAGUGGCAGUGGCGGCGGAGAUUGUUCUGGUUGGGGGGGCCGAGUACUAUAGAAUCACCAAUGGGUUGGAUCUGGAGGACAAGCUUCACCCAGGAGGUCCGUUUGAUCCGCUGGGGCUGGCCAAGGACCCUGACCAAGCUGCUAUUCUCAAGGUGAAGGAGAUCAAGAAUGGGAGGCUCGCAAUGUUCGCCAUGCUCGGUUUCUUUCUUCAAGCUUACGUCACUGGUGAAGGUCCUGUUGAAAACUUGGCCAAGCAUCUAUCCGAUCCUUUUGCCAACAACUUGCUCACUGUUAUUUCUGGAUCCGUCGAGAGGGCUCCCACCCUCUGAACUCUCUCAUCUCAUCCAUUCUCCUUUUUUAUCAGAUCUCUCAAAAGACCUCCAUCCAUGAACUUUUCCUUUCAUUUAAUUUGAAGCUAGCUACCUAUCUAGGUAUGCAUGUAAACCUGUAAACUUCUCAGUAACUCUUAAUUAUAAUUAAUCUGCACUUCAUCCAUCAUGAAAA